CGUGACUUUUCUUACUCCCCACUUCUUCUCCCCUCCUUGCAUGUGUUGUGAUUUUAAGCAUACAUAUAUAUUUGUAAAUUUAUGAAACGACGCAAAUAUGGAUGCUCACGAUCUAUUUAAGAAACUAUCCAACGGAGUCAGAUUUAACAGAAAAAAAUUCGGACCGUCUGUAGCCCAUGCAGAGAAACCGCUUGGUCCAGUUCAAGUGAAAAAAGAGGAGGUAUUCAAUGCUGCAGAAGAAUGGAUGAAAGCAGGGAGUGAUGCUGGCUCUGAUGAUGAUGAUGAUGCAGAUCCAAAGAAAAGUUUGGAUUCAGGCAGUGAUGAGGAUGACAGUCAUGGGGAAUAUGAUGACAGUGAUGACGACGAUGAUGACAACGAUGACGAUGACGAUGACAGUCCCAACGAGAGUCAGCAAGAAAUGCCUCGGAAAAACAGACGACAUAAUGGAAGUGAACUUGAUUUGGAAGAUGAAGUUAAAGUGAUACAAGACAAUGAUAAGCCUCUUACUCUUCUUGGAGAUAUGUCUUCUGACCAAAGUGGUAAACUUAUCACUGUUAAAAAGGAAAAAAAACUGCAUAAGAAAAAGUUAUCUCCUGAAGAGAAGUUGAAAGCUCAAGAAGAAGAAAGAAUUAAUGCUAUUCGGAAGAAGCUCCGAUUAUCUAUUAGUGGCGAUGGUGUUCCUGCCCCAAUUGAAUCAUUUGACGAUUUGCAAACAAUUUAUGGUGUAUCCUCCAAUCUGAUUAACAACCUUCGCAAAUCAGGGUACACUGAACCUACACCAAUUCAGUCUCAAACAUGGCCUGUCAUGCUGAAGAACCGACAAAUACUAGCCUGUGCUCCUACUGGAUCUGGUAAGACGGCUGCAUUUUUGUUGCCAUUACUUCACAAUUUGAGAGGAUUAAGAAGGGAUGGUAUCCGUGCUGUGAUUGUUAGUCCAACAAGAGAAUUGGCCAAACAAACUCAUAGAGAAUGUCAGCGACUUGCAGAAAAUACUGGACUCAAUGUACACAUAAUUAGUAAAGUAAAUUUAACCAAUGCCAAGCUAAACCUUGCAAAGACAAAUAAAUUUGAUAUUCUUAUCACCACCCCCAAUAGGCUUCUUUUUCUCCUGAAUCAGGAACCAGCCAUUAUAUCAUUAAAGAGUGUACAGUGGCUUAUUGUUGAUGAGUCUGACAAAUUGUUUGAAGCAGGCCCAAGGGGUUUUCGAGAUCAACUAGCAGCUAUUUAUCAGGCUUGUGAAUCCAAGAACAUAAAGAGGGGUAUGUUUAGUGCUACUCAUGGAGCUCAUGUAGCAAAAUGGUGCAAGCAAAACCUCAAAGGGUUAAUUGCUGUCACUGUGGGCCACAGGAAUACAACAACAGAUAAAGUGAAGCAGGAACUAGUGUUUGUUGGAGGUGAACAAGGGAAACUGAUAGCUAUGCGAGAAAUGAUCAGUAAGGGUUUACAGCCACCUGUGCUUGUAUUUGUCCAGUCUAAGGACAGAGCAAAGGAGUUAUUCUCUGAGCUUCUUUAUGAUGGAAUUAAUGUUGAUGUUAUUCAUUCAGAGCGCACCCAACUUCAGAGAGACAACGUAGUAAGAAGUUUUAGGGAAGGGAAGAUAUGGGUCCUUAUAUGUACAGAGCUUAUGGGGAGAGGUAUUGAUUUCAAAGGAGUUAAUUUGGUUAUAAACUAUGAUUUCCCUCCUUCUGCUGUAUCAUAUAUUCACAGAAUAGGUAGAACUGGCCGUGCAGGGAGAGAAGGGAGAGCUGUCACUUUUUUCACUGUAUCAGAUUCUGCUAUUUUGAGAAGCAUUGCCACUGUGAUGAAAGAUUCUGGUUGUGAUGUCCCUGCUUACAUGCUUGAAAUGAAAAAAGUGACUAAAAAAGUGCGUCGAGAGCGCGAGAACCAUGCACCUGAGCGUGAAAGUAUAUCUACAGUUCCCUUGAGAGAGAAACAGAAACAGGAGAACUUACAGCGAAAAAUUGAAAAUGGUAAAAGGAGAAAGAAAGGUCUACCUCCUCUACCUGAGAAGCCAAAGGUGAUCAAGAAGAGGAAGGCAGAAGAAUCUAUUUCUGGUGGAAGUAAGAAGAAACGGAAAGUGUCAGGUAAUAACUCAUCUAAAAAGACUGAGAAAAUUCAAGAAGGGCACAGCAAUGGAUCUUCACAGAAGAAAACCAAUUUCAAGAAGAAGAAGAAGAAGAAAUCAGACUCCAAGGCUUAAAAUGUAUUGUUUAAAAGAAAAUCUGUUAUAAUAAAAAAUGAAAACUUUA